UCCACGAUCAUCAGUUCCGUCCAGACCAGGAUACGGUUUGCAUUCAGUUCAGCGAGAUAAAAAAACUGUCAAAAAAACAAUGGCCAACACAUUCCAACUGGUUUUCGUCGCUUUAACCGCUCUCGUGGCGCUGACUCUGGCCGAACACGACGCCACUUCGUACGCAGCCUAUCAUCCUAAGUUUCACAACACUCAUCACGACGGACACGACUACUAUGCCCCGCCGCAUUAUAAGUUCAAGUAUGGAGUCAAAGACCCGCACACCGGUGACGUUAAGCAUCAGGCCGAGGAACGUGAAGGCGACGUGGUCCAUGGCGAAUACAGUCUGGUCGAACCGGACGGUCGUGUCCGGAAAGUGACUUACACGGCGGACAAGCACAACGGUUUCAACGCACACGUUCACCACGAACACCAUGCCGUCCACCCUCAUCACUACGGUCGCUACCAACAAGACUGAACAAACAACAUACUUAAACGCACUGUCUUGAUCUUGUAACGGACACUUAGUAGUCUAUAUUUAUGUUUUUUUUUUGUUUUUGUUCUAUUAAAAACCGUUGUUAUGUUA